UGAUUCUUGAGAAAUUGCAAAGAAAUAUUGACAAAUGAAAUCUGUGCACCAAAGCUUUUCAUCAUAAAAUAAGCAGUAAGAACGGAUUAGAUCCCUUUGCGUUUUACAAAUUAAAAAAGAAAGAUAAAAAAACAAAAAUACAUAACAAAUUAACAAAAACAUUUUGUUUUGUUAGAGGUUAUAUUGUGGUGAAGCAAAGUGCCAUUAAAGUUAAGUUAUUUCGUUUAGAUCAUUUUAUUUAAAUAAUUUGACAUAUAUUACGUUAUUAUCGGUUAGUUUGUUCUUAUACAAAUCUACCAAUUCUUACCUAAGUGCCAUAACAAACUUUAAUAUUUUUACUGCUGUGACGUGAAAUCUAAAUGCAUAAGUUUAAAGAAAAUCAAACAUGAGUUUUGAAAGCUUGUCUCGAAAUCAGGUUCGUCUUUUUAAAUAAAUCAGUUAUGUAUAUACUUUUUAAUAAUAAGAUUUUUUCUAAAUACUCCUUAACGUGCCAUCUGUUUUGCAAGUAGGGAAUUAAAUAAAAACUUGAAACUCAUUGAAAUGUCAUGUCAAAUCAACACAAUGCUUCACACCGCUUUUUAAAACUUGCUUACUGUGUUCGAUAGGUGGUGCUCUAUUUAAAAGAAAUAUGUUUUCAGAAAGUUCGCGCUACUUUGCAUCGAGACGUCCGACUUUUGUGUUCAGAAACAUGCCAUUUUCUUGGUUUGGAAAUAAGCAAACCGGCAAUGGAAAUAAUAUCGGAAUUAGUUUAUAGAAAAAUCAGUGUUUAUGGAUCAGACUUGGAAGCCUUUGCGAAACACGCUAAACGUUCUACGAUCAAUUCAGAAGAUGUAAAGUUAUUGACUCGACGCAAUCCCUCUCUGAAAGCCCAUUUGAAUGCAUUAGUGCUGCCGUCAUCUGCAGUAAAAGAUAAGCGUCGUAAGACAGAUACCAAGCAAUCAGAAACACCAGCCAAACCUACAGAGCCGGAGAAAGAGGACCGUGUCAAAGUCGAUAGACCAAAGAGAAAAACCGAUGAAUUUGAAGAUAUGACCGUAGAUGACACUAUAGAUUUAACUUUUGAUUAAAAUGAUAGAAUACUAAUUUUUGUCCUCUAUUUCGUUUUAUCAAUAUUUUUGCUUCAUCGUCAUCAUCGGCCUUCCUUAUCCUUAUUAUAUAUAAAGAACCAUCCGACUGAGGACGACGGGCCAUGAGCCUCUACGCUGGCC